AGAUGCCACUUCCUGAUAUGAUGGCUGCUGUGUUGGCUAUGGAUGAAUCAGUAUUAGAUGUAGAUCAGGUGAAAAAUCUCAUUAAGUUUUGUCCUACCAAAGAAGAGAUGGAACUUUUGAAGGGAUACACUGGUGACAAAGAGAAUUUGGAAAAAUGCGAACAGGUUCUAGCUGAUAGGCCGCCUGGACUGCUUGACUUCCACUUAGACCUUGUAAGCCUGGAAGCUGCGACUAAGGUGAUGAUUUAUGCUUGGUUGGAAAAAGAAAAUUAUUCAACUACUAAUUGCUAGUUUGGUUGGUUUAUUGGUUCUGUUUCACUUUGUUCCCCUGUAAAACUGA